AUGGCUGAUGAUACGUACACAUGUCGCGUACAGUACGUAGAUGACAGCGAUCCGUUCGCCUCAACAUCGAACGCUUUCCUGGAACCGAUGCGUCCGGUCACGUUCGCUUUUCGGAUACAUGUCACUAUUGCGGAUCAAUUGCCUGAAGUUAUACGUACACUUCGAGCUCCACAUAAGCCCGGUGACUCCGCCUUACAAUUGUACAAAAGCCUCGAAAAAGGUGGCGGCGAAUUUUUGAGUUAUCUGGACAGUGAUCUGACGUUGGUGGAUCAAAAUGAUGAAUUUGAAGAGAUGAAAAGCGAUAGGGCUAAGAACUACGUAAGUAGACCAACCGGUUGUGUAAUUUGUUUUGUGGAUCUUCAUCAAUAG